GAACGCAUCGGUCUCCCGCAUCACGGUGCUCCGCUUUAGUUUCAGUUUUACGUCCGUUGGUCCCGCAGGUGCGGGUCGGUUGGUUAUUCCGAGUCAAGUCCAGAAAACGCCAGAUGCCAGACGGCAGCCAUGGUGGCUGGAAGCCGUAACCGGAGCCGGUAAAUCCUAGUGGAGCUAACUAGUGGGAAGAAUGACGUGUUAGCCCCGGCACGACAGGUGCGUCGCGGCGGACAGCGUAGAGACCUUAGCCUCGGAGGAACCUCUCUCACCGAUCCACGACUCCACAACAAACCCGAGUUUAUCGGUCCAAAACAGCAGGACCACACCGGAACCGUGUCUUUGAGAAAGCUGUCUUGUUCAUCCAUCAGCUGAGCCUCUCACCUGUUCCGUGGGGCAGAGAUGGCCUCUGCGCGCUCGGAGCAGUCCAGCGUCCUGCAGGAGGAGCUCACCUGCCCGGUGUGCCUGGAUCUGUACCGGGACCCCCACCUGCUCCCCUGCGGCCACAACUUCUGUAAGAACUGCCUGGACCGGCUGAAGCGGCAGGCGGAGCGGGGGCGCCUGCGUUGUCCGGAAUGCCGGGACAGCCACCGCUGCAGCACCAACUUUCAGAAGAACUUCAAACUAGCCAACAUCGCCGAUGACUACCGCCACCAGCGCAGAGCCGCCGCCACCGCCCUGAAGUCCAGGGAAACGCUGUCCUUCUGUCUGGGUGCCCCCCAGGAAGGUGGGACUUUUUCUGUACCUUGUGACUACUGCCCCCCUCCAGCCGCAAAGGCAUCCACCGUGGACCCUUCCAAGGAGGGGGACUCUGCAGCGGGUGAGGACGGGGGCGCCCAGGAGGACGCUGCUGCCAGGUUCGCAGUGAAGACGUGUCUGAAGUGUGAGGUGUCCAUGUGUCGGGAGCAUGUCAAGCCCCACCUAGAGCUCCCGGCCUUCCGGGAGCAUCCCCUCACCGAGCCCAUGAAUGACCUCUGGAAGAGGAAGUGCCCCGACCACGACGAGAUUUACCGAUACUACUGCAUGGACGACAAGAUGUGUGUUUGCAACGCCUGCACUAUAGAGGGGGGGCACUCGGGACACACAAUCAAGACCCUGAAGAACACCAUGAAGGACCUGAAGGCCACGCUGGACAAGCAGCUGUACCGGGUGGAGAGGAAGUACAGCAUGGCGGAGAAGAAGCUGCAGGAGCAGAAGGAGAAGGAGCAGCAGAAUAAGAAAUUUAUGGACGACACGGAGGAGAGUCUAACCAGGCUGAGCGAGGAGAUGAAGGCCAAAGUUCUGCGCUUCAUCACCAGACUGCGAGAGUGCACGCGCACCCAAUGCGACACCAACGGGCCGCUGAUCCAGAAAAACCUCUCCAGGAUCUGUCAGGAUCAGGCCCGCCUCCAGGAGGUCCGCUGCAGCAUUGAAGGCCUCAUGCAGGAAAACGACCCUUUCCGCUUCAUCCAGACAUACAAGACUACAGGCAAACAGCUCCGCAGGCAGCUGAGGAAGACCAUGUUCUACCCGGAGUAUGUUGACAUGGAGACGGAGCUGCUGGGCGUCAUGAUGGAGGAGGAGAUGAGGAAAUUCCUGGAGGAGGAGCUGCCGUGUCACAUCGUAGCUGCCAUCACGUCCCUGUGUCAUCUUUCAGACCCUGAGGAGGAAGAGGAGCAGGAGGACAAUGAGGAAGAGGGGGUGGACCUGGUUGAUGACGAUGAAGAGGAUGAUGAUGAUGAUGACCUGGAUGACAGCAGCGAGGAGGAGAUGCGGAGUGAAGGAGAGGAAGAUGAAGUGGAAGAGGAGGAGAGCAACCAGGAGCUGGUGGAUGACCUGUACAGCCCAGGGGAGGAAGACGAAGAAGAGGAUGAGGAAGAUGAUGACGAGGAUGAAAAUGAGGAAGAUGAGUAGGAGAAGAGGGUUUUUAUGAGAAGACUACAUUAAUGCUUUCGUGAAGAAAAGGACUGGACACUCAAAGCAGCAAAGGAAAUUUCGUUUUCUUUUAUGAAAGCUGCUGCAGCCUUGCUGUGCCUCACAGUCUCCCCCUGCAGGCCUCUCAGUGCUACUUCAGCUUACGUGCAUUAAAAACAGCUGAGAGCACGCACCAGAACAUGAAUGUACACUAUUCAGACUAAAUCUGAGGCAAAACGCCUCUGCAUGUCAAAUUUUCUACAACUUUUCAAAGGUUUUCUAAAUUCCAAUCACCAUUUCUGAACAUUUUAAUGGACUUGCAGAUGUUUUACUUCUUAUAAACCUGCAAAGGAGUGACAGCAAGCACGAUCUGACUUCUGAUACGAAGUCCUCUCAUUAGAUAUUUCAUCAGUUUCUCCUGUUUGACCUGAAGUAGAAGAACAGGAAGAAGCUUCUGUCUCUGUUUCAGGCUUGAAUUAAACAUUUCAAGCCAAAGAGGAGUUUGUUUGUUUGAGUGCAGAAGAUGAUUCAGGCUUGGCAUGCUGCUAAAACCAAAAAAAAAUAAAAAUAAUAAGAGAAAAAAAAAGAAAGUUUACAAAUGCCAGAUUAAAGUAUUUUUUUUUAAAUAUGUCAGCUUUGCUUUAAUUGAAUUUAAUUCAUCCGAUUUUGAAAUGUUUCUAUGCACAUUUUCCUUGAAUCUCUGUUUCAGGUGAUGUGAUGUUUUGCACUUUAUUAGAAAAAUGCUGUUUUACUUGAAAGAUCUGAAUGUAAAAAGCCAGUAUACAUUUUGGGUGAGAAGAAUUGUUAGGGGCCAAUCGAAAAAUAAAUUAUAUUAACAAUAAAGCUUGUUUAAUGUUGGACCA